GACAGGAGAGGUAAACGAACGAGACAGACGCCUUAAGAUGGAGAGCGAAAGCAAAAAGCAUUUGAAAUGGAAGCUGUGUCUGUGUGUGUGUGUGUGUAUGUUUGUGCAGGUAUUGGGGUGUGUUUUAUGACCCUUUGGAUGUUGGAUUGUACUUUCCAGAGUGAACUUUGUCCGAAUUCAUUAAUUUUUAUGUCUUAGUCCAGAGGGUCAUUUCCAAGAAUUCAGAACUGAAAGUUGCUUUUGGCCGGGUGGAAGUUACACAUCAUCAGAGCAUCGAAACGCUGCCAUUUGGGGACUGUUUUGGUAAAGUUUGUCUUUGUGUUAGUUCUACUUUCACUUGCGCACCGUUAGUUGCCUUCAGACAGGAUCUCCUCGGGAUUUCUUCAAAACUCCCAGCUUUUCUGCCACUCAGGAAUUUCCUCGCUGUCAAAACUGCAUAAAUAUGACCAACAAAACAUCCUGGACAGGAGAGGUAAACGAACGAGACAGAAGCCUUAAGAUGGAGAGAGAAAGCAAAAAGCAUUUGAAGUGGAAGCUGUGUGUUUGUGUGUUUGUGCAGAUAUUGGGGUGUGCUUUAUGACCCUUUGGGUGCUGGAUUGUACUUUCCAGAGUGAAGUUUGUCCCAAUUCCUUAAUCUUUAUGUCUUAUGUAUCUCGGAGACAGGAUGUCAGAUGUUGGUGGUUGCGUUUGAGAGUUUAGAAGGUAUAUGUUAUCCAUCUGUUUUCCUGCAAUUAUCAAGUUUUGCAGGAUGACUUUAUGCACAUUAAUUGGUUGCAAGAAAGAGAAACGUUGACGGCAGGUUUAAUUGGCGGAGGUGGAUUGAGAUGGAAACUGAUCAAGGAGAGGAGCAACCUCAAAUUAAGAGAGACAUUUCUUGACUGUGAGAACAAUGAAUCGCUGGAACGGCUUCCUCCAGAGGAUACACAUGCUCCAUCCCUGGGGGAUUUUGAGAACAGGUUGGAUAGCUACUUGUCUGAAAUUGUAUUGGGUCUCCUGCUCAAGCAGAGGGUUGGACUAGAAGACCUCCAAGGUCCCUUCCAACUCUUGUUGUUCUGUUGUCCUUCUGAUUCUACGGUGGACCUGAAUCCUGGGGACUUGAUUGAGAUCUUCCGGACGGGAUACCAACACUGGGCAGUCUACGUGGGUUUGGGCAACGUUGUCCAUCUGGCUCCACCAAGCGAAUGUGCAGGAGCGGGAGCUGCCAGCUGCAAGUCGCUCUUGGCCGACAGAGCAUUGGUGAAGAAGGAGCCGCUGUUGGACGUGGUGGGGGGCGAUCGCUACUGCGUGAGCAACAAGCAUGACAACAAAUAUAGUGUCCGCACCCCAGAUCAGAUUGUCUGUCUCGCAAACGACCUGGAGGGCAAAACCAUGGAAUAUAAAGUCACCAGCCAGAAUUGUGAGCAUUUCUCCAACUUCCUGCGCUACGAUGUGCCCCAGAGUGAUCAAGUCUUGAAUGCGGUCAGGAUAGCAAUUGCAGCAGUUUUGACUUUUGCGGCUGUCCUAAUAAGGGUCUCAUGAGGAUGAAGUAAAGAGAAGUUUACCCUGGCUUCAACAAGCAGUCUCCAAGAAUUCACUUUCUCCAAUAUGUAGUUUGCCUUCUCUCUCUCUCUCUCUUUCUCUGUCUCUCUGUCUCUCUCUCUGUCUCUCUCUGUCUCUC